CAAGGGCUGAAAGUCAGUGGCUUGUGUUAUUCUCUCCAAGUCGGUGGUGGUGGUGGUGGUGGUGGUGGUGGCGGUGGUGGUAGCGGCGGCGGGGGUGGUGGGUGGUGGUGCAGGUGACUUUGAAGCGUUACUGUGCAUCACAACCUCAGGAGGAAGCAGUAGUCGUCCAUUUGAAUGAAAACUUGAAUGGCUAAAGCUUCGCCUUUAACCGAUGAUGAUCGUGUGAUAAGCGCCAUUAACACCACCGUAGCUGUGGCAAUCGAUACUGACAGGAAUAGUCCUUACGCUGUCAGAUGGACCAUCGAUCAUCUCUUGAACUCAAAUCCUCACAUUAUCCUCAUCCACGUCUCCCAUCGCUUCUUGCAAAACCAGGAUUUAGGUUUGAACGAGGAAAACCCCAAUGGUUACCAGGAAUCGAUCAAGGACAUUCUAAAGCUUUUCCUCCCCUACCGUGGAUACUGUGCUCGCAAAGGGGUUCAGAUCAAGGAGGUGGUGCUUGAUGAUUUUGAUGUUUCAAAGGCGCUCGUUGAUUAUCUCAACGUUCACCGCAUCAACAACAUUGUUGUUGGUGCAUCCACUAAUAAUUCCAUCUCAAGGAACUCAGAUGUUGCAACAUGCUUAAUCAAAUCUGCACCAGAUUUUAGCACAGUAUACGUUAUUUCAAAAGGAAAUGUGCAAUCGAGCCGAUCAGCCACUCGGCUCCUUCCCCUUAAUUCCAUCAAUGGUAAUGGUGCAUCGCCUAUACAAUCACAACCAACUCAGAAAGCAUUUCCACAGCUUCGAGCCCCUGAGAAUUCCAACCUCGAUGAUGAAGUCAAUGGCAGGGAAAGUUGCAGACCAACGGGGGCGCAGAGAAGGGUUCUGGGAAGGAGCAGUAAUGUCAAGAUAAGGCAGAGAUCGAGGACGAGGAGCACUUGCAACAGCUUGUCAAUGGACUACUUGAAUCUUCCAGUCUGUGUACCUAGGAUCUCAAUCAGCUGUGAUUCCUUUGACAGCUACAGCCUGGAUUAUGGGUCCCUUGACAUCGAUUAUGUGAAUGAAGAAUUCUCCAUCGUAUCUGAUGAUAGUCCCAUCAGCAACUCCUCCUCACAAUCUUCGCCAUGUAGGAAGGAUGAGAUGAAACGACUGAGGCUGGAGCUAAAGCAAACCAUGGACUUGUACAGCACAGCAUGCAAAGAAGCAAUCUUAGCCAAAAAAAAGGUUGAAGAGCUACAUCAAUGGAAGAUGGAAGAAGGUAGGAAAGUUGAAGAAGCCAAGUUUGCUGAAGAAACAGCUCUUGCAAUGGCAGAGAUGGAAAAAGCAAAGAGAAGAGCAGCCAUUGAAUCUGCACAAUCUGCACGGAAGCUAGCUGAAAAGGAGGCAAGUAGGAGAAGGCGUGCAGAGUUAAAAGCCAAGCGUGAGGCAGAAGAAAAGAUGAGAGCGGUAGCUGCAUUGCAUAACAAUGACGUUAGGUAUAGAAGAUAUACUAUUGAUGAGAUCGAAGCUGCCACAAAUUCCUUCACAGAAUCCCUGAAAAUCGGUGAAGGUGGAUAUGGACCCGUUUACAAAGGCUUGCUGGAUCACACGCCUGUUGCUAUCAAGGUUCUCAGACCGGAUGCGCACCACGGGAAGCAGCAAUUCCAACAAGAGGUAGAGGUAUUGAGCAGUAUCAGACAUCCAAACAUGGUUCUACUUUUGGGUGCUUGCCCAGAAUUCGGAUGCCUAGUAUAUGAGUACAUGGAAAAUGGAAGCUUAGAAGACAAACUCUUGCGAAGGGAUAACACUCCAACUAUCCCAUGGAAGAUCCGCUUCAGGAUUGCUGCAGAAAUCGCCACAGCUCUUCUCUUCCUCCACCAAAAUAAACCAGAGCCCUUCGUGCAUAGGGAUCUCAAACCUGCAAAUAUCCUCCUAGACAGCAACUAUGUAAGCAAGAUCAGUGAUGUUGGGCUCGCCCGGCUAGUCCCUCCCUCUGUCGCCAAUAGUGUAACACAGUAUCGCAUGACGAAUGCAGCAGGGACCUUCUGUUACAUAGACCCUGAGUAUCAGAAGACGGGCUUGUUGGGUAUCAAAUCAGAUGUGUAUUCCUUGGGGAUAAUGUUGCUUCAGAUCAUCACUGCAAAGCCUGCUAUGGGUCUCACACAUCACGUUGAGAAUGCUAUUGUGAAUGGAACCUUUGAGGAGGUGCUUGACCCAACAGUCCCAGAUUGGCCUGUCCAAGAGACUCUGGAGUAUGCGAAGGUAGCUAUCAAGUGUGCCGAGCUCCGAAGGAAAGACAGACCAGAACUGGGUUCAGAGGUCUUACCUGUUCUGAAUCGGCUAAGAAAUCUUAGGAGCAAAGCUGAAAGUCGCAUAGAUACCUCCCAGCCACCCACUUCCAAUACCAAUUCACUGCCAAACUCAAGAUUCUCCAAUCAGAUCUGUUCUACAAGAAAAUGGAAGCAAUCCAAGUCGAAGAAGAGCUGUAGCUGGAGGGGAAAGAUUUGUGCCCAGAAUGUUUGUUGCAUCAAUAGAAGGCCGACAGUAGUUGAGGAAACAAAUACAAAACAGAGUAAACAUAAAUGCCCUUCUGCAUGUUCAUUUUUCUAAGUUUUUAAAGCUUUCCUUUUUGUAUCCAUUGUUAAGAUAAAGAAUACGAUCUUUUCCUUGAGUACAACAUUCAGAAGUUGUGAAAAACAAUGUGAACAAGUUUGGAUC